AGCAAUAAUAAUUGAGUCCCUAUAUAAAAAAACAUAUCGUUGGGUUACCAUUUCCAUACACAGCAAGGAAAAACACCAAAGUAAAACAUGGAGAAGAAGAGAGAUGACGACGACAAGGUCGAAGAGCAAAACCAACAUGGCAUGCGACGGCCAAAGGGCGGUUUGCUCACAAUGCCCUUCAUCUUCGGGAACGAGAUAUGUGAGAAGCUGGCGGUGGUGGGAUUCCAUGCGAACAUGAUAAGCUACUUAACGACGCAGCUUCAUCUUCCGUUAACCAAAGCAGCAAACACACUGACCAACUUCAGUGGAACCUCCAGCCUCACCCCUUUGCUCGGUGCCUUCUUGGCCGACUCCUUCGCUGGCCGCUUCUGGACCAUCACCCUCGCCUCCAUCAUCUACCAAAUCGGGAUGACUUUGCUCACAAUCUCGGCGAUAUUGCCGAGUCUAAGACCGCCGCAGUGCCACGGAGAGCAAGUUUGUCAAGAAGCAAACGCAGGUCAGUUGAGCGUUCUCUACGUGGCUCUGCUUCUAGCGGCUCUCGGCUGCGGCGGGAUUCGACCAUGCGUCGUGGCUUUCGGUGCCGACCAGUUCGACGAGUCCGAUCCAAAACAAACCACCAAAACUUGGAACUACUUCAACUGGUACUACUUUUGCAUGGGUGCAUCUGUGCUCGUUGCGGUGACGGUUCUUGUCUACAUCCAAGACAACGUCGGGUGGGGAUUAGGGCUAGGGAUCCCGACAGUGGCAAUGUUUUUUUCGGUUAUCGCUUUCGUGGGCGGAUACACCCUUUACCGUCACAUGGAUCCGGCGGGUAGCCCGUUUACCCGUCUGGUCCAGGUAACGGUGGCAGCGUUUCGGAAGAGGAAGCUUUCGAUGGUCUCGGAUUCUAGUUUGCUCUAUCAUAACGAUGAGAUUGAUGCUCCCAUCUCUCUUGGUGGUAAACUUGUUCACACCAAACAUAUGAGAUUUUUGGACAAAGCAGCUAUAGUGACAGAACAAGACAACCUCAAACCGGGUCAGGCCCCGAACCCGUGGAGACUCAGUACGGUUCACCGAGUCGAGGAACUCAAAUCGGUGAUCCGAAUGGUUCCCAUCGGAGCGGCCGGAAUCCUCCUCAUCACGGCUUAUGCCCAACAGGGCACGUUCUCUCUUCAACAAGCCAAGACCAUGGACCGUCACUUAACCGAAUCCUUUCAAAUACCGGCCGGUUCAAUGUCGGUUUUCACCACCGUCUCCAUGCUCUUAACCAUCGUCUUCUACGACCGGGUUUUCGUCCGGUUCGCUCGGAGAUUCACCGGUUUAGACAGAGGGAUCACGUUCCUUCAUCGCAUGGGAAUCGGUUUCAUCGUCUCGAUUCUCGCCACUCUGGUCGCCGGUUUCGUGGAGAUUAAGCGUAAACGAGUCGCGAUGGCUCAUGGGCUCGUCGACAAGGGCCACUCGGUCGUACCGGUUUCGGUUUUCUGGUUAAUUCCUCAGUACGGACUCCACGGAAUAGCGGAAGCGUUCAUGUCGAUCGGGCAUUUGGAGUUUUUCUACGACCAAGCUCCGGAGAGCAUGAGGAGCACUGCCAUGGCGAUGUUCUGGAUGGCGAUUUCGAUCGGAAAUUACGUCAGUACCCUUCUGGUUACGCUGGUUCACCGGUUUAGUGCCGGACCGAAUGGGCAGAAUUGGUUACCGGAUAAUAACUUGAACCGGGGGAAAUUGGAGUACUUUUACUGGUUAAUCACCGGUUUGCAAGUGGUGAAUCUCCUGUAUUACGUCUGGUGUGCGAAGAUUUACACGUUUAAACCGGUUCAGGUGCACGAUAGCAAGGAGGAAGGUGAUGCGCCGGUCAGUAAAGAAAUGGAGUUAUCCAACAAGGUUUUAAUGAUGCCAUGAAUGAAAGUUAUAUAUUGAAUCAA